AUGCUGUCCGAACGUCAAUUGUCCGAGACCCUGUGCUUCUACUACGGCUACGACGCCGAAGGUGAUCGGAUACUGGCACUGCCGAUAGUGAGGGAAUGUUGUUGUGGCCGGCCGGAGUGCGGCAAGAGCGUGGCUGCCGGUGGCAAGACUUCUGUUUGGCGUCCGUCGGCCCGUCUGGCGGCGAACGCGUCCGCCGCCCUGCGUCUUGUCAGUUCUUCUUUCUUGCGGAUUUCUUAGGGAUACAGUAGACAGAGAUUGAGAUUACUAUGGGAUAGAGAGCUUACGGUAGAAUGGAUUAGAGGCUAUUUUAAACUGGUAGUAACUCAGAUAAAGGCUAUACUUUCUAGUCGAAGCAUCACACAAUGUUAGACUAGUCAAAACUUCUGUAGAUUAAGUUUUAGUCACGUUUUAGGAUAGAAAAAUAGCUAGAAUCUAGAAUAAGAGAACACGGAACACAUUCAGAACCAUCUCACCUAACCUUUGCUCCAAUUUUAGCGCGCCGCCCGCUCCGCCUGCACGACUACCGGCACCCAGUGCUGUACCACCGAGGCCUACACAAGCAAGUGUUGUUUUAAGCGACGCUCCUUUAAGCCCAAGUCGUCGUUUAUGCGAAUGGUGAGGCCAUAAACAGACGCCGUUCUUUCGGCGCAAUGACUGUACUUUUUGAAGAAGAAGUGGUGUUUUUGGACAAUCAGUUUUGUGUACAACUUUCUGCAUUUCCAAUUUGACCGUGCCCUCCACUCCGAAUUCAAAAAAAUAAUUUAAAAUCUUUUCAGUGUACUUCAAGCGUCGCGCAACACGCACUGUGCUGCUUUGUUACCUCCGGCAGAAAGUCGGGAUUUAUUAGACGAGCAAUUAAUGUGAGUUUGAAGAACAUCUUGGCGAAGUCAUAUCACUAAAAAUAGCCACAAUUAUUCCGUAUUUUGCUUGUGAUCUAUAGUAUAAAAUCGAUGCAAUUUUAGUGCCCACAGUCCAUUCAGCAGCAUCUUUUACACGCCCAUUGAGGCCUGUUCCGUAUCCCCAUGUUCGUCCACAUACUCAGCCGCUCAUUCGAGCCCCUCCUCACCCGCAGUUCAAUGUUCCCCAUACCCAUCCAGCAGCGUCUCCAGUCCACCCUUUCUCCAUGUCCUUUGCCCCACCGAGUCCCUUGAUUGGCGAGAAUGGAUCGAUGAAUUAAUCGAAGAAGUGCGCAACGAAAUGAUCAAUGAGACUGUAAGUUGGGUGGCUAUGGUAGAUGAUGGUCUUGUUGUGGAUGCCCUUGCUGCAUUUAUCUUGAUAAUAAUGCGGAAUGUUGCAGAUAUUCGACAACGCCACUUCACCAUCCACGUCAAGCACGUCGACGAGGAGUAGGAAGCGAAAGGUAAGAUAAAUCUUUUCCUAAGGUUGAUGAUCAGAUAAGAGGGUUACUGUAUGAUGACUUUCGCAACGAUUUUUUUUGUUUUUUGUCGAACAAAGGCGAUGCAUAGACACUAAACGCAGAAAAUGAUGACUAAACUUGCUGCGGAAAGAACCCAAAGUGCGAAUUAUCAUAAGUGCUUGAAACUUUGAUUGCGUACUCUUUAUGGUCCAUAUAUAAAGUCUCAAAGAUUUCAUAGCGCUGUUCGAACUUAAAGCCGAGAUAAUCAUCAAAGUUUGCCAUCUCUAAUCAUCACCUUUACAGCACUGCUCCGCUCUCUCCCCUGAAGACUCUGGCAUUUCCUCCGCCUCCUCCGUGGGCUCCGCCUCACCUCCCCCGCUCUCCAAACGCGCCAAGAAGUACUCGUUGGCCUCCUUGUCCCAUGAACAGAUCGCCGAACGCAAAAAGGAGCAGAAUCGUAUCGCUGCCCAACGCUAUCGUUCGCGCAAAACCCAGACCCUGGAGGAAGGACGGACGGAAAUCCAGUUCCUGGAGAAACGAAACUCCGCUCUUCGCUCCGAAAUCGAGGCCAUGGAGAAGGAAAUCAACCAGUUGAAAGGUGUGCUGGUCGGCGCUUCAUCAUAA